AGAUUUUGUCCACAAGCGAAUCUUAAACUUUCUCGUGAAGUAUCUAGAAAUUCUCUCGUUUAUUCCAUCAUAAGAAAGGAAAACUUACAUUGAAAAUAGUAAUUUUUCUACUACAACGAAGGCACUUAUUCACUACAAAUCAUUUGAUAAAGAUGGGCGAGAAAAUUCUCGUAGCAAAGCUGCGCGGUGUUAAGUCACCCGCGCGAGGAAAGGAAAUUGUGAAGCAACUUGGUGACGCGGAAAUAAAAGGAAUCAACGUGUGCACUGAUUUGGGAUCGCCAAUCAAUUACAGAGCGGUUGCGUGCGUACUACAGGACGAGCGCUUUGCCGCGACACCCUCCAACAACACUGGUUCUGAAGGCAAAUGGGGAAUUUUGCACUACGCUGCCCAUGAUGGCAACAAAGAUGUUUGUGAUUUGGUUUUGCAGCGAGGGGACUUCAGGUGCGGAACAGCGGUCACGGAAGCUGCAGAUAUUGCGCAGAAAGCGGGGCACGCUGACCUGGCCGAGUUUCUGCGGGGAUCCGCCAAGCGCGAAAGGGUCGCAAAAUUUUUUGCUUCCGAAACCGAAGAAGAGGCUGACGAUGCACUCAAUUCGUUGGAGGAGAACAGCGAGCUGAGCGCUGAGAUGCUCUGCAACUUCGGCCUGUCGAUGAAGCUCACCCCGAUCACGGCAAAUGCCCUCCUCGACAGUGCGUCGGCGAAGGAGUUUCUUUUGGCCAAGGACGAAGAUAACUGGACGAUGCUACACUGGGCGGCAUUCAAGAACAAUUACGAGUUGGUUCGCAGAAUUGUAGAUGAUCACAGCCGGCACGCGGGUGGAAUCAUUAAUGCUACAAACGAUAGUGGUCAAACGGCGUUUUCUAUGGCAGUCUCAUCUGGAGAGUACGGGAUCGCGCAUAAAAUUCAGUGCUCGGAUCAUUUCAUUUUUGAGGAACCUGACACUUCCAGUGUUCCACCGAACUUGUUGGCGGAGCUAGAGGAUCGCUGGCUGCCGCUUUGGAGGCUGAAAGCGUGCAGGAUUGAGGAUGAUUGCGCAUCGCUCGUGAAAAGGCUUAGAACACUCGAAGAUAUAGAUCUAGUAAUGGACUUUGGGUGGCAUGACGUCAACUACAUCGCCAUCCGGGCACUCCUGGACUUUGCCAAAAAAAAAGAAGAUGACUAUUGGGGAUGUGACUAUUUCGAUGUCGACAACAUCGAUGAGUAUUAUAACUACCUCGAGAUAAAUGAGUAUGCCUACGGUUACGAUCUCUUGCGCUCUGCUGUGGAGGACGGAGAGGCUGGCAUCGUGGAAAUGCUUGUGAUGGGCAUGGGGUUUCUCAACGAUUUCGAGCAGAGAUACCCUGACGGAGUCGGAUCUGAGUUUCCCCCGGUGAACGCAAGUAACAUACUCCACAUCUGUGUGGCCAGAACGACGGAGGAAGAUGUCACUCUUAGACUCUUAGAAGCGCUGUCUUUGCAUCAGAGCGCCAUGGCGGCUCUGAGUGCAACCGAUGGCUCGGGGAAGACGCCAAAAGAUGUCGCUAAAGCUGUUCAUGGAGUGGAUUCGUCAAUUUACAAGUUUCUGCAUCAGAAGGAUACGAUUCACAGGCUUGCGCAAACGUCGGAAGUGGAUGAGUGCCGACGAAUUGUGGAGUCUCUGACAGAGUCCCUGACGGAGCCGCUCCAGUGCAAAAUUUGCUUGAAGGAUAAUAUCGGCGUGGCGCUAUCGUGCGGGCACCAACUUUGUGCCACAUGUGUCACCAAAAUGACAGAAAGAGGACCAGGUGGGUGCGAAAAGUGCCCUUUCUGUCGCGCAGCCGUGACGUCAAAAAUCAAGCUGUUUUUCAAUUGAAUUAAGCAUAUUCUCGGAUAAUUCCAGUGCUGGAUAGGUCAAUGACCAAUAGAAGUAUGAAAACAAUCUUCGUCAUUGUAUCUCGCAACUUAUAUCAGAGUAGUUUAUAGCACGCAUGGUGCAUGGAGUAGCAUGGAGUGCAUGGAGUAGCAUGGAGUGCAUGGAGCGCAGAGCUUUAAGGGGCGCAAGAAGCUCCC